AUGUCUGAUCUUGACGCUGUUGUUUACAAGUACUUGCUGAAAAACGGCAACACCGAGGCUGCUGAAGCUCUUAAGAAGCAAAACCCCUCUGUUGAAAAGUCAAAGACCAAGAAGAAUUUGACCAAGAUCUUUGAAAAGUAUCAAGCAAGCGUUGGUUCUUCAUCUGAUAGCUCCUCUUCAUCCUCUUCAUCCUCUUCAUCCUCCUCUGACAGUGACUCGUCAUCAUCAUCUUCAUCUUCUGAUGAAGAGGAGGAAAAGGAUGUUGAAAUGAAGGAAGCAUCUGCUUCUUCUGACAGUGACAGCAGCAGCAGCAGUGAUAGUGACUCUGAGGAAGUUAUGGAAGUUGAUGACAAGAAGGCCGAGUCAUCCAGCUCUUCUUCAUCUUCUUCCUCAUCCGACUCUUCGUCAUCUGAUUCUUCUUCUGACGAGGAGGAAGAGGACCAGAAGGCCGCCGAAGCCAAGAAGGAUACCUCCAGCGAUUCAUCAUCAUCAUCAUCAUCCGAUGAAGAGGAAGAGGAAAAGAAGGCUGAAUCCAGCUCUUCAUCAUCCAGCAGCAGCAGCAGUAGCAGUGAUUCUUCAUCUGACGAAGAGGAAGAGGAAAAGGUUGAGGAAAAGAAGGCCGAAUCCAGCUCCUCAUCAUCCAGCAGCUCUAGCUCUAGCUCUAGCAGUGAUUCAUCAUCUGACGAAGAAGAGGAAGAAAAGGUCGAAGAAAAGAAGGCUGAAUCUAGCUCAUCAUCAUCCAGCAGCUCCAGCUCCAGCUCUAGCAGCGAUUCAUCUUCUGAUGAGGAAGAAGAAGAGGAGAAAAAGUCUGAGACCAGCACCACCACAUCUGAAGACACUCUUGUUGAAAAGAAGGAAGAAUCUGACUCUUCUAGCUCAAGCGAUUCUAGCUCUGACGGUGACUCCGAAUCAUCUUCUGAUGAGGAAGAAGAAGAGGAGGAAGAAAAGAAGGAAGAAGUUUCCACCCCUGCUACUACUACUUCUAGUUCAAGCUCAAGUGAGUCUGAAUCCAGCUCCAGUGAAUCCAGCUCCAGUGAAUCCAGCUCUAGCGAAUCCGAAUCUUCAAGCAGCGAAUCUGAGUCUGACGAUGAUUCUAGCGAUUCUGAUAGCUCCAGUAGCUCUGAUUCUAGCAGCAGCAGCAGCAGCAGCAGCAGCUCUGACUCCAGUUCUGAUAGCGAUUCUGAGGCCGAGGAAGACGUCAAGAUGGCCGAGGCAGAAUCUGUCAAGCGCAAGGCUGAGGAAGCAUCUAUUGAAGAGCCUGCAUUCAAAAAGUCCAACAGUGGUCCCAAGGUGAAGCGUGAAAGAGUGCAAGGUACACCUUUUCAAAGAGUCAAGCCCGAAGAAGUCGAAUUUUUAGAUGAACGCUUAAAGGAUAACACUUAUGAUGGUAAGGGUGGUUCUGAUAUGACCUCCUAUGGCUGGAAAGCAUCUCAAGAUUUGAUCAAGGUGCGUGGUGAUAAAUUCCGUGCUGAAAAGAACAAGAAAAAGAGAGGCUCCUAUAGAGGUGGUCAAAUUUCUUUCGAAAGCCACAGUAUCAAGUUUGAUUAG